GCAAGGACGAACUACAUUUUCUUUGGAAGUGAUACUACAAGAGAAUAAAGCAAGACUAUAUACUAGUGUACUAUUAUGAUGGACGUUUAUCAUAAAGCAUUAAGAAAUCCAAACCCACCAAAGAAAUCAGAAGCGAAGCCAAAACCGAAAUUGCCAAUACCUGAUAUUCAACAACAAACACAACAACAACAACAACAAUUAUCAGAAAUAUAUUCCGCGCAACAUUCAGCAUAUACUACGAGACCACCACCUAUACUAAUGGAAUCCACAGAAAAGCCACCAACAUCAUCAUCUGAACCAAAAGAGCUCUCCUCAAGUUCUAGUUCUAGAAAGAAGAAAAAUUCACGUAGAAAACAUAGAAAUUCACAUUUAGGAUGUGGCACAUGUAAGAGAAGGAGAAUCAAGUGUGAUGAAACAUUACCCGCGUGUUUAAAUUGUUUAAAGGGGAAGUUACAUUGUGCUUAUUUGAAUUUGGAUUCCAAUGCCAGAAAUGCCUUACGGAUGGCACAAUAUAAUCAGAAUAUGAGGCAGGAGAAAUUGUCAGAUGCAGCAUUUAAAAAGGAAGAAGCAACUGCGGUAGCUGCUGCAAAUGCAACUGCCAAUACUGUAAAUGCUCAGGGUAUACCCACCAUAAUACACGCACCACCACAACAUGUACAAUUAGUUCAACCAUAUGCACCAGGACAACCAACCACAAACCUAAGCCCGCAAUAUGUAACCCAAGCAAUUCAUCAACCCAUGACAACAGGAGCAGCGCCAGGUGCAACUCCACUAGCAACUACCGCAACUACAGUACCGGCACCAACUGUUGUUCAAUCCCCAUAUGGUCCGUUAGUGGCAGUAUUGACAAACACAGGAUCGGUUGUAUAUGCACCUACUUCAACCUUACUGCAGCCAUUACAAAUUUUAACUACUUUACCAACAGCAAAUCCUUUAGAACAAGGAAUGAUGCAAAUACAACAGGUGCAGCAGAAUCAAGUCCAACAACAAAUACAACAGCAGCAGCAACAACAAGCCCAACAACAACAACAACAACAAAUCCAGCAACAGCAGAUACAACAACAGCAAUUACAACAACAGCAGCAGCAACAACAACAACAAAUACAACAACAGCAACAUCAACCACAACAGACAAUACAACAACCACAACAAAUAUCACCAUCCGUACAGCAACAAGUACAACAAGCUAUACAGCCACCACAACCACAACAACCUUCCUCAAUUCCAAUAACAUCUUCAGCAGCAUCGGUUGCAGUUAAAGCAUCACAGUCCAUUCCGAUUAAAUCAGAUGAAAUUUCUUUGCCACCAAUAACAAAUACCACUAACAUGUCCGCCACUUCCAGCAGUGAAUUUAAAUUGCCUCCUGUUAAAAGCACUUCAUAUUCUGAUGUUAAACUGUUGUCCUCGUCUUCAUCACCUAAUAAAUCACCAAUAUUGCCCAGCUUAUCACAACAGUUUGGUGAAGCAAGUGUUCAUAAGAAGGAGGAAAACACAGUUGUAUUACCAAGUAUUUCUACAUUACAGAAAGCCAGUGGGACUACUCCACCUGAAGAAGAAAAGGUGUCAAUCUCAAAAUUAAUUUCUUAAUUUGUGUAUUUAUAAGUAUAUAUUAAUAGAUGAACGAUGUAACUUAGGUGGAACCAGCGGUGGUAGCAGCAGCAGCUGCUGCUGCAUCUUUCUUUUUCUUCUUCUUGUCGUCAAUUUGUUCGACCUUGAUGUCGUUCAAUCCUUGAUCUUGUAAAAGCUUUUCAAUGUAUUCCUUGGCUUCAUCAGAUACAUCACCUUGAAUCAAAAUUUCUUCAGUUUUGUCGGCGUUUUUAGUAACGGAAGCACCAGUUGCAAACUUAGAUGCAAAUGUCUUUGCCAACUUCUUACUAUCUAAGUUGAACACUUCCAAUCCAGAAAUUGAAAUUAUAUGUUUUCGCUUAUUACGUUCAAUUCUCUUAAUGACAAUCUUGGAAUUCAACAUCUUUUGCAAUUCUCUUUCCUGUUUCAAUUCUUGUUUAUGUUGGGCCUUGGCAAGAUCAUUAUUUAACUUUUCUUGCUUUUCAAGGGAAAGUGUCGACGUUUGAUUGGUGAUGUCUUCGGUAUAAAUCUUCUCAUAGAGAUCAUGAUGGUUGGUGUCUAACCAUGAUUGACAUCUGGCUCUACUGACUCCAAAUUCACAAUAUUCAGGUGGCCAUGAACAUAUACCGCAAUAUACGAUUGAUUUAGGUGCAAGUUCUGUCAUUAUGUGUCUGUCUGGUUUCCUU